AUUAAAUAUAAAACUAAAAAAAUCAUAAAAAAUAUUUAAAAUAAAUAAAAAAAUGGACGCACCUCAAUUAAAUGAAGAUGAGCUAAAUGAAAUAUAUAGUUGGGUUGAUUCAAUAAGCCUUUCAAGACCAAAAAAAAAUAUGGCAAGAGAUUUUGCAGACGGAGUAUUAAUUGCAGAAGUAAUAGCACAAUUUUUCCCAAGACUAGUUUAAUUACAUAAUUAUUCAGGUGCAAAUUCAAUGAAAUAAAAAAUAUAUAACUGGGAAACAUUAUAAUCAAAGGUUUUUAAAAAAAUAGGAUUAUAAUUAAGUAAAAAUGAUAUUGAAAGUGUAAUAAAUUGUGUCCCAGAAGCUAUUGAAAGAGUAUUAAGAGUACUCCAAUUGAAGAUUUAAGAUAUGCUAAAUGGAUAAUAAGGUUCACCUUAAAAAAGAGUUAAUUAUUCAAACGGGUCAGGAAGUGAUUAAGGAUAAUAAAGAGCAUAAUCUUCAUAAAAAUAAGAUGAGAUUAUAUGGGAAAAGGAUUAAACAAUAAAUGAAUUAAGAGAAACUAUAGAUAUUUUAGAAUUAAAAAUUAAAAAAUUAGAAGAUCUUAUUAAACUUAAAGAUAAUAAGAUUAAUACACUUUAAAAUAAGUUAGCAGAGCACGGACUUUAUUGA